AUGGUCAAAUCAUUUUCCAAGUCUAAGCGCACCCCUGUACGAUUAAGGCAUAAAAUUGAAAAGGCCAGUGCCGCCAAGCAGAGGAAAUUGAGAAAAGAGUCGAAAAAAAAUCCUCAAUGGAAAUCCCGCCUGAAGAAGGACCCUGGAAUCCCCAAUCUGUUCCCUUUCAAAGAGAAAAUCCUCGAAGAGAUUGAGGAGAAGAAGAGACAAAAAGCCGAGAAUGCACAGAGACUGCGGGAUGCCGCAAGGGAAAAGAAGAAAGCAGGCAAGGAGCAGGCCACGAAUGAACCUACCGAGGACGACGAGGACGACCUGAUGGAGGAAGACGACGACGACGAUGACGAUGUCCUCGACGAAGAAAUGGAGGAUGCCAACGACGGCGCAAAUCCUUUGGCUGCUUUGGUAGCCUCGGCCCAAGCAAGGGCAGCUGAAUUUGACAAAGGGGCUCUCGAAGGCGACGUUGCCGCAGACGAUGACGAGGAUGAAAAUGACGGGGUCCCACUCUCGGAGACCAUAGCAGCUGACCAUAGAAACCCGGAUUCGUCUCGGAGGGCUUUCGAUAAAAUCUUCAAGCAAGUUCUCGACAGCGCAGACGUGGUAUUGUACGUGUUGGAUGCUCGAGAUCCCGAAGGCACACGGUCGCGCGAAGUCGAACGCCAAAUCAUGUCCGCCGAGGCAGGCUCCAAACGGCUGAUUUUAGUCUUGAACAAGAUUGAUCUGGUGCCGCCGCCGGUGUUGAAGGGGUGGUUGACACAUCUACGACGAUAUUUUCCCACGAUCCCCUUGCGAGCAUCGACCCCUGCGUCCAAUGCCCAGACAUUCGAUCACAAGCAGCUCACCGUCAAGGGCACGUCAGAAACACUGCUUCGCGCUCUGAAGUCGUAUGCGGCUUCGAAGCAGCUCAAGCGAUCUAUUUCAGUCGGCGUCAUAGGGUAUCCCAAUGUUGGAAAGUCGUCCGUCAUCAAUGCUCUGACAUCCCGCUUGAACAAAGGCACCCAAAGCUUCGCGUGUCCUGUUGGUUCCGAGGCUGGUGUGACCACGAGUUUGAGAGAAGUCAAGGUUGACAGCAAACUCAAAAUCCUAGACUCACCGGGAAUAGUCUUCCCGUCGACAGUCGACGGCGAGACCAAGCAGGACCGCGAACGGCGGAGAGCGGAACACGAAGCACGACUGAUCCUCCUGAACGCCCUCCCACCCCGGCAAAUCUCAGAUCCCAUUCCUGCCGUGAACCUCCUCAUGUCACGACUCUCCACCUCUGAGGCGCUCUACGAGAAGCUGCUAGGCUAUUACGGGAUUGUUGCGCUGGGCCCGUUCGCCAAGGGAGACACGGUCACGGAUUUCCUAGUCCAAGUGGCGCGGAAGCGAGGUAGGUUGGGCCGAGGCGGAGUGCCCAAUCUGAAUGCGGCGGCCAUGACGGUAAUCACGGACUGGAGGGAUGGGAGAAUCCAAGGCUGGGUCGAUCCUCCUGUUCUCAGAGUCGCGGAUGACGCGGAGAUGGUCGAGGGAGAUGGAGAGGGCGGAGACAAGGCUUCGGCAGUGGCUCCCGAUCGAAAGGAAAUCGUCAAAGAGUGGGCAGCCGAGUUCAAAUUGGAAGGCCUCUGGGGCGAUGGGAGUGAUGGGAAGGUAGACAAGGCUGGAAACGAUGCUAUGCAAGUCGAGUCAUGA